UCGAAAAGGAUCGUUUACCUUUGAUCGAUUAUUCAUAUUAUUCGUAUGGAUUUUAACGAGCCAAUAGUUAAAGGUGUAAUCACCUUUGCCAAUGGUACCGGGAAAAUACAUAGAACUUACGUUCCCGAGGUUAAUCAGGAACGAUCUUGUUGACGGUGGAGGAUGCAACAGGAGAAACAGCAGGAAGAGGAUCAGCGAGGAACGACGAUGGUGCCGUCAUCUUCCUCGUCGAAUACGACGAUUACGAUGACGGAAGAGGAUAACCGGCAAGUAGAAGCAACCAGUCUUGCGAUAGAAUCGAGUUUACCGAAUCUAACGCUUCAGAGCGUUGCCCUGGGUUUACAGGGUGCUCUAUUGGCUGCCCUUCAAAGGGCAGCCUUGUUACCACCCGGUCAUGCCGCAGCCGCUGCAUUGAAUCUUCAAGCACUCGAAACCUAUCUCACCCUUCAUCGUCUUCAUGCGAGCGGUGCCACGGCCGGAGUCAAUCAGCAAAGAUGUUCGCCCCCUUUGACCGGAGAUUUGGAGGAGGCAAAUCUCAUCCCUACCACCACUACGUCUACGACCUCGACGACGAUAACGACGUUGGUGGACGCAUCUAAGGACGAUCAGCAUCAUCAUCAUCAUCAUCAGCAGCAGCAGCAGCAGCAACAGGAGCAGCAACAACAGCAUCAUCAGCAACAACUUGAAACCGAGCAAUUACUUCGAUCAAUUGACGAGGACGAGGACGGGGCUCGUUUAGAAUUCGUCACCGAUCCAGAAGAGGAUCUGGCACUUCUCGAAGAAGACGAAACUCUUUUAAGGGACACCGGAGUUGCCACGUCCUCCUCCUCAUCCUCCACCACCUCGUCGACCUCUCACGAGGUACUCUUACGUCGAAUAUCCGAAGGAAAUCGUACAAAUUCCGGUCCAUCGAUCUCUCAUAUAAACGUUUCCACUACCUCCUCGUCUUCCCUUUGUUCGUCCACAUCAUCACCACCGACCAAUUCCUCCAAUUCUAAUUCCCUUCAAGCAACCUCGACCUCCGUCGUGGAUCCUGGUAUACAAAGAUCUUGUAGAGCAUCCAGACCGAAGAAGCAAUUUAUUUGCAAGUUCUGUAGCCGACAAUUCACCAAGAGCUAUAACCUAUUGAUUCACGAGAGGACUCAUACCGACGAGCGCCCAUACUCCUGCGAUAUUUGCGGCAAAGCUUUCCGACGGCAAGAUCAUCUCAGAGAUCAUAGGUACAUUCACAGUAAAGAGAAACCGUUUAAGUGUGCCGAAUGCGGCAAGGGAUUUUGUCAGAGCAGAACAUUGGCCGUUCACAAGAUUCUACAUAUGGAGGAAUCGCCCCACAAGUGUCCCGUUUGCGCUAGAAGCUUCAAUCAAAGGAGCAACCUGAAGACACAUUUGUUAACUCACACGGACAUAAAGCCUUAUCACUGUGCCUCUUGUGGCAAGGUAUUCCGUAGAAAUUGCGAUUUAAGGCGACACUCGUUGACCCAUAAUCUUGGAGUACCGACGUCGCCGCCACCAACGGGAGGUAUAGCUGUACCUGGCACGAGUACCGUGGUCCUUCAGAAGACGUCCUAACGCGUUUUAAAAUAGAUCUUUCGUGGUUCUUCUUAGAAAGAAAAGUUCUGCGAUUAUUUUUAAUUCUAACGAUCAAUCUCUCGUUGUAUUUCAGUUUUCAAAAUGGCCUAACGAUCAAUCGAUUUCGAUGAAGAUCGACAAAAACUUCGAGGGAACUGUGUACCGCGCGAACGAACAAUCAUUUAUGUUUUGUUUUGUUUUUUUUUGUUUUUCUCUUUUGUUCUUCUUCUCGCGAAAAUGGCUUUUACCUUUUUUCCGACGCGUUUGUAAAUAAUUAGCAUUCUCUUUUGAUUCAUAUCUAUCCUAUUUGGAUUAGUAUCUUCGUUAUCAUUAUGCCAUCGUUUAAGGUAUAUCUCCUUUGUGUUAUAUAAAUCGCACGUCUUUAGGAUAAUUUAUAUUGCGAACGAUUAUAACGUUGAUCGCUCGUUAACAUUGUAAUUAAACUAUCUCGACCUACGUUGUACGAUAUUAAUUAGAUAUAACGAACGAUGCUGAUAUGUUAAUACGAUACGACGAAGUGUUCUCUCUUUUCCAAACGACGAGGAAAGGAAUUUCAUUGUCGUAUUUAGGCGAUGUACACACACACACACACACACACGUAUAUAUAUAUAUAUGUAUAUAUAU